CACACACACACACACACACAGUCAUGAAUCAGUGUUAGUCUGGCUAGCGUGUUGGAUGUGUGUGUGUGUGUGUGUGUGUAGGUGUGAGUGUGUGGCUGCAGUCUCGCUGGAAUCUUAUGAAAUAUAUCCGCUGCACCGCUAUUCUAAAGGCUAGGAGAGUCUAUACCAGUAGACAGCAGCCAGACACACCACCAAGGAAGCAGUGACAUGCGACUGUUGUGGAAAAGUGUGACAUUCAUCACAAAAAAGAAAGAGGAAACAGAUUGCAGUCUAUAAAAAAAAGAAGGAAAAGAAAAAAACAGGUUGCAGUAUAAAAAAAGUGGAAAAGACACAAUAAAAAAAAUUAGAAAUAUCAGUACAUUAAAAAGAAAGUGCAAAAUCAUAUACCUAGAAAAAAAUUAAGACACUGCUCCCCUGGAGAACAAAAAUAGAUCGCAUACACAAAAAUCUGUGAUAAAAAGCUCACAAAGCACAAGAGAAAGACAGGACUGUGUGGUGUGAGCCAUGGAGGGUCUGGGUCUUGGUCUGGGGUUCGGCUCCCCAGACCGGCGCAGUGUGUGGAAGGAGGAGAAGGAACGCAAGCUGGCCAAACUGAAGCAACUGAGAGCUGAGAGGGAGAAGAGGCGGCGGGGACAGCUGGAGAAGGAGGCUCAGGAGGCGGCAGCGAGGGCCAGCAAUGCCCCACGCGAUGACCAGGACUUGGAUAAGGUGCUGGCGUCCCUCGGGGUGGCGCCCGUGUCAGAUGUUCUUCUUAGCAUGUCCAGCACCACCUCCGAGUCUGGUGGGGACCCAACAGCCUCCCCAGAUAAGAGCCUUGAGGCAAAUGCUUCUGCCUCCCCACGCACUCCCAGCAAGAAGCCUCCUACCUUGUCUGUGGUGAGCGUGCAGGCCACCAACAUUCCCCCGAAGGAGACGGUCACCUACAGCAAGGGCAUCCAGACUUCAGGAUCCGGCGACGGGCACGGUUACUAUGAGGACUGGUGGAGGCCGAGGAAAGCCCAUGCCUUCGACUACUACGGAGAUGGGAUCUUAGCUCAAAUACGCUCUAAAUACCACACUAUGCACGAAUAUAAUCUAAACCCAGCGCUUGAGUGGGAUGAUGAGUUCACAGCUGAAGAGGAGGACAGCUCUCUCACCCUCCUGGACACCCCACCCAUGUUUGGCAGUGGCUCUCACCGCCACCUGCCCCCUGGUAUCCUUCCCACUGGGAUGCCCACUGUCCAGGACUUCAAGCCUGCUAUUGCCACCGAGCAGGAGAAGAAACAGGAGGAAGUGAAACCUGAGCCACCGCGGGAGUUGUCAGACGAGGAGAAGCAGACAGUAAUGAUGACAGAAGAGUUCCACGGUUUCUUUGACCGCACGUCGCGCAUCAUUGAGCGAGCACUGGCCGAAGACACAAACAUCUUUGUCGACUACUCCCACGACUAUGAGGAGGAUGGAGAGGCUAACGAGGCAGGAGGAGUGAAGCUGUCCCUCAACCGAUGGUUCUAUGAUGAGCGCUGGUCCCGUAAUCGCUGUAUCACCUGCAUGGAUUGGUCACCUCAAUACCCAGAGCUGCUGGUGGCCAGCUACAACAACAAUGAUGACUCACCGCACGACCCAGAUGGCGUGGCACUGGUCUGGAACACCAAAUUUAAGAAGGACACACCUGAGUACAUCUUCCAUUGCCAGUCACCCGUCAUGUCAGCCACUUUCGCCAGAUUCCAUCCUAAUCUGAUUGUGGGAGGAACAUACUCAGGGCAAAUUGUGCUGUGGGACAACCGGAGCCAGAAGAGAACCCCAGUGCAGCGCAGCCCACUGUCUGCCGCUGCUCACACGCAUCCAGUGUACUGCAUGAAGGUGGUGGGGACUCAGAAUGCUCACAACCUGAUCAGCGUCAGCACUGAUGGCAAGAUGUGCUCCUGGUCCCUGGACAUGUUCUCCCAGCCACAGGAAUCCAUGGAGCUGCAGCACAAACAGUCGCGUCCUGUGGCUGUGACGUGCAUGGCUUUCCCACACGGUGACGUCAACAACUUUAUCGUGGGGUCGGAGGAAGGUGCUGUCUUUACAGCGUGUCGGCAUGGCAGCAAGGCAGGCAUUGUGGAUGCCUAUGAGGGCCACCAGGGGCCAGUGACAGGAAUCAGCACCCACUCCACUCCUGGCUCCAUUGACUUCUCUCACCUCUUCCUCACCUCCUCCAUUGACUGGACUGUGAAGCUCUGGUCUGUCAAGCACUGGUCCAUGAAGGAAACGAAGCCUCUGUACUCAUUUGAAGACAACGGGGAUUAUGUGUAUGAGGUAGCCUGGUCCCCCAUCCAUCCAGCUCUUUUCACCACUGUUGAUGGCUCAGGAAGAAUUGACCUUUGGAAUUUAAAUCAAGACACUGAGGUUCCCACGGCGAGCACAGUGGUGGAGGGCAACCCGGCACUCAACAGAGUCUCUUGGACUAACUCUGGCCAGCAAAUCACUGUGGGAGAUGAUAUGGGCAAGAUCUGGAUAUAUGAUGUUGGAGAGCAACUGGCACUGCCACGUGCUGAUGACUGGGCCCGGCUAGUGCACACACUUGGAGAGUUGAAGAACAACCAGACCGAUGACGACCACUCCACCAGACACUACGAGUCAUCCUUCUCUUCCCUCACAUCCCUCUCCUCCUCACCGCUCAGAUAGAUACCAUGUUGUUAGACUACAGUUGAGAUUCCAUUGUUGUGUGGCUGUAUUUAUCAAGUGCCGGCUGUAUUUAUCAAGUGCCAGAAUAUAAUCCAUAAUAACAUAUAUAUAUAUAUAUAUAGAUAUAAUGUCUAUAGCUCUGUACCAUUGAAGUGGGUGGCCAAAGCAAGGUGCUCCACAAACACUUACCUACAUACAUACACAUGAUAUAGAGCAUUU